AUGACGGAACGCAAGGCGGUCGUCAAGAACGCCGACAUGCCCGAGGAGAUGCAGCAGGACGCCGUGGAGACUUGCGUGAUCGCGAUGGAGAAGUGCAACAUCGAGAAGGACAUCGCGGCCUACCUGAAGAAGGAGUUCGACAAGAAGUACCAUCCGACUUGGCACUGUAUUGUUGGCCGCAACUUUGGCAGGUAA